CAACCCACCACUGCAACUCUUGCCCAUCUCGCACGCACAAUGCCGGCCGUCACGAGUCUGACAGCGCCGCCAAAGAAGCGCAACUUUGCCUGCGAGAGCUGCAGGUCGAAAAAGCGACGAUGCGAUGGCGGACAACCGCGAUGCAGGCUAUGCACGACGCUCAAGACUGAGUGCAUCUACAAAGGCAUCCCGUCGUCCAAAUACCUCCACGACCUAGAGGACCACGCGACCAAGCUGCGCGACACGCUCUCGCGCCUCAAACAUGCGUCCAAGGAGGAGCGCGACCAAAUCCUUGAUCUGAUUGACGACUCGAACAUCCCCGCCACGGGGCCCAACCCGGACGGCUUUGGCUCGGAGCGCAUGGCGAAUAUCGCGACCAGGCCGAUGAAGCUCGACUCGUUGGUGGACAGUUUCAAGGAGCAGGUCAAGAUAUCGACGGAUACGGACAAUCGGGCCGCGCUCCACGGCCCCUCGUCGCUGUACUACCUCUCGAGCGCGAACACUGCCCAGUCGCCGCCGCCAGCGCAGGCCGACCUCGUGACGGACGCACUAGACAUCGAGCACCAUCUCAUGAUGGACUGGAUCGAUCGCGUCGCCCUCGCCGCCUCGUUCCCCGUCAUGAACGAGGAGGUGUGGAGGUACGUCCUCAAAAUGCAUUUCACCUGGGUCCAGCCCAUGUUCGGUUUUGUUCACCACAAGACGUUCAUGCGCGACAUGCACCGCCCGCGCACCCCGCAGUCCAUGUUCUCGCCGUUCCUCCUCUACUGCCUCUGCACGCAUGUGAUCCGCGCGUGCGACGUCAACCUCCUCAGCGAGGGCAUGAACCCGUCGGACCCUUUCUUGCCCCAGGCCAAGCUGCUCGUCCUGCGCGAGGUCGAGCGUGGUAGCUCGCUGUCUGCGAUCGCGGGCCUGCUCACCCUGAGUGCAAAGAUCAUGUCCCUGGGGCAUGUCUCCCCGGCAUGGGUCUAUCUCGGCAUGGCCAUCCGCAUGAUUGACGACCUCGGCAUCCACCUCGACGGCAAGACGCCGGCCUCAGAAUCCCAGUUCUCGACGGAAGAGCUCGAAUCCCGGCGGCACAUGUUCUGGUCGGCGUACCUCUGGGACAAGACCAUGUCAACGUACCUCGGCCGCAUGCCGAUGCUGCAGCAGACGCGCGACUCGCCAAAACCCAUCGACCCGGACGUCGAGCUCGACGCGGCGCCGUGGACGCCAGUGGGCAACCGCCUCGACCAGUUCCCGGCGUUCAAGUCGACCCCGAGUCUCGAGCUGUCGACGUUCUGCAACUCGUCGCGGCUGGCGAUCAUCAUGAACGAUAUUUUGCUCUACGACAAUGGCUUCAGCUGCCCAUUGAGUGCCGAGGGACGAGGUGGUGAGGCUGGUGCCCCGCUCCUCGACUCGAUCCACCGCGCAUUGAAAGAAUGGCGCAAGAAGCUGCCCCCAGAACUCCAGUUCAGCCCCAAGGACGAGCCGGAUCGUGUUCCCCCAGCUCACAUCAUCAACUUGAACUGCCUCUAUCACAUGCUGUCGAUCCUGCUGGACCGCCGACAGGCCGUCGGCGUCGUCCAAGACUCGAGCGUGAAAUCCGCCCUCGAAAUCUCUAUCCUCGCCCAGCUGAGCCACUCGCACUUCCUUGACCGCGAGGCGGUACUCUCCCACUGCUACUGCAUCUACACCGCUGCGCUAGUGUUCCUCAGCAAGCUCCGAUUGCGCACCAACGAAGGCUGGCUCUCGGACGAGGAGGCCGUCCUCGUGACGUCGCUGCAGUGGUGCCUGAACCGGUUGUCAAACGCGUCGACGACCAUUGCCGCACUCCGCGGCCCAGUGACGGUGCUGCACGAAAAGGUGUCUACCCUCCCCGGCCCGAUCGCCUCGAUCAUCAUCAGCGCCAUCGGCCCACCUCCAGUCAACCCCGAGGUCCCGUCGUCCGACUUCCAGCCGGCAACGACGACCAACGGGACAGCAGCGCACACCUCGCCCGACUCGAUCAACUCGGCCAACUCGCUGCAGUCUCUCGUGUCGACGGCGCCGAACCGCAAGAGCACAGCACCACCGCUCCAGCCGACAACGUUUGAGAACAACAACCUGACGCUCGAGUCUGCGCUCGCCGCGAUCCUGCGCAACGACACGAGCUCGCUGGCGACGGCCGCGCUAACGACGACCGACACGUCGCCCCAGAGCAACCAGAGCAACCCCGUCGUUGCGCCCACGCUGGUGGACAAUGCUGCCGUCGGCCCAGGGAGCGACUUUUGGGGCUGGCUCGGCGGUGGCGAGUUUAGCUCGACGUCGGGCCAGUCGGGGCCGCAGAUCCAGCCGACGGCGGCCGACGUCGACAUGUCGUGGUUGUAUUCCGUCCCGGAUAGCUAGCGGGUGGAGCGGGGUGGGAGAGGGUGUUGUACGCUGUAUCAUCAAUGUAUCGUAGUGGGCUAGUGGGGUGAGAGCAGAGAGGCCGCAGGCCUCGUCACGAACAUCUUGGCCAGCUGCCACGCUGGGGUCGUGUCGCCUCGUCACCUCCAAGUCUCUCGUCCUCCUUCCGAGCCACCGCCAAGUCGCCUCGCCACCUUGGCAUCAGCACGUCCCACAACGACCGACCGGCAUCACACCCGGCCACACAGCCGACACAAACCUGGCGCGACGACGACAAGGACGGCCGGAGCUGUGCAGCGCGCGGGGUCACGUUGACAGCGCUGCCCGCGAGCGAGAGCGAACAAGCGAGCGGCGACCGAGCGGCGACGUCGUCUUGGCGUCUGUCUGCAUCGACGAAGCGAGCGAGCGCCGAAGAUAGGCACGCUGCCCGCCCCGUCCUCCUUGGCCGAUAACAAUCGCCGGACCCGGGGCCUCGUCGUCGCCGGUGCGGGUUGCCCGCGAUCGUCACCCCUCCCGCCAAGCUGACGAGCCCCGCACGAUCGCCAGGCCGAGGGGCCGAGGGAGACCGAAGGAUCAGCUGUCCGGGGUCACCCGGGCGUGGCCGAAAGGAUGCUUCGUCAGCUCGUGUCGGCGAGCCGGCGAGCGGAUCAGUGGUGUGUGUGG